AUGGGGCUGGAAGAUGCUUCCCAAGACCAAAACACUGAAUCUCCCUCUCAGAUGAGAAAAGAACAGCCACUAACCUUGUUGCAUUCAGAGUUAAGUGCAACCAUCACUGACAGUACUCUGCUCAUGCUGACGGGGGCAUUUUCAUAUUCAGAAAAGUGCACGCUAGGCCGUAAAUCGGACACACUCAGCAGUGACACGGUUUCGCUCCCUGGAUUUGAGAACCUUACAGAGGGCUACAACAAAUAUCUGAGACCAUACUUCGGUGGGAAACCUGUUCAAAUAGCAUUGAGCCUGGAUGUUGCAAGUAUUUCAAGUAUAUCUGAGAGUGACAUGGACUACACUGCUACAAUAUACCUGCGGCAGCGCUGGACGGACCCCCGCCUGGUUUUUCAUGGGAACAAGAGCUUCACUCUGGAUGCUCGUCUAGUGGAAUUGCUAUGGGUACCAGACACAUAUAUUGUGGAGUCUAAACGGUCUUUCCUGCAUGACGUUACCGUGAGAAAUCGUCUUAUAAGAUUAUUCUCCAAUGGCACUGUCUUGUAUGCAUUAAGAAUCACUACUACUGUUGCAUGUAACAUGGACCUGUCAAAAUAUCCCAUGGACACACAGAUGUGUAAACUGCAGCUGGAAAGCUGGGGAUAUGAUGGAAACGACAUAGCGUUCACUUGGUUUAGGGGAAACGAUUCAGUUCGUGGCCUGGAAAAACUGCGUCUCUCUCAGUACACUGUGGAACGUUAUUACACUCUAGUCACGAGAUCCCAGCAGGAAACAGGCAACUACCCGAGACUGAUACUGCACUUUGAGCUGCGAAGAAAUAUCCUGUACUUCAUUUUGGAGACCUAUGUUCCUUCCACGCUGCUCGUUGUCUUGUCCUGGGUUUCUUUUUGGAUCACACUGGAUUCGGUUCCGGCAAGAACCUGCAUUGGAGUAACAACUGUGCUGUCAAUGACGACUCUGAUGAUUGGCUCCCGGACCUCGCUAUCUAAAACCAAUUGCUUCAUAAAGGCCAUUGACGUUUAUCUUGGCAUCUGCUUCAGUUUCAUUUUUGGUGCCCUGGUGGAAUAUGCAAUUGCUCACUACAGCUCAUCACAAAAACGUGCAGCUAAAGAGCCUCAAAAGGGGCCUACCAAAGAAACUGAAGAAGUCAACAUCACGAACAUCCUCAAUAGUUAUAAGCAGAAAAUAAACUUAGCCAGCACUGAGAUUUCCAGCGAUAACGUUGACUAUUGUAACCUGACCAUGAAAACCCAUGACAAAAUUAGGUUUGUGUUGAGAAACAAAAUGCACAGGAUCAUCAGCUAUUUCACAAUUCAGAAUCCCAGCAAUGUUGACCAUUACUCAAAGUUACUUUUUCCUUUUUUUUUCAUGCUGGUCAAUGUAUUUUACUGGGCUUACUAUCUGUAUUUUUAGAAAAUGACACCUUCAUUCUCACAUUUCAGAGGAGCUUGAAACCAGGUGGGACCAACCCACCUUUAUUCCUUGAUACCCCUUACUGGACAGAAAACUCACUGAGCUAACCCUACCACAUUACAAUUGUCCUGGAAAGAAAGGUACAUCUUUCACAGCUCAUAGAAGGAACUGCAAUUCUCAGAUGUUGGGGACCAGGAAUACAGCCAGUAAACCCUUAUUAUUGCUCUAUAACCAACAUUUUUAUCCUGCUCCUUGUCUUGAGUUUCUUUUAAUACAUGUGGGCCAGAGUGUACUUGUGAUUCAGCCACUUUUCUCUCCAUAGAAUGCUAUUAGUUUACAAUGGCAACUGUGAUGCUCUGUAUCUCGGGGAAACACCCUGCACCCCCAUGUUCGCCCUUAUAAUAUGAUUGUGUGGUAUCCAAUGCAAAG